CCUGCCGCCAUUUUGUCUUCUCAGCCGUCAACUGAAGGCUGCCAUGAGGGUCGCUGUGAUUGGGGCCGGCGUGAUCGGACUGUCCACGGCCAUCUGCAUCUACGACCGCUACCACCUGACCGAUCCGGGGCUGGAGAUGGAGGUGUACGCCGACCGAUUCACACCUCACACCACCAGCGAUGGGGCAGCUGGGCUCUGGCAGCCCUACCGUUACGCCAAGGGGGACGCCCAGGAAAAGCUUUGGAACAAAGAGACUUUUGAUUAUCUGUUGGAGCACAUUAACUCCCCAGAAGCUCAAGAAAUGGGCCUUUUCCUGCUCUCUGGAUACAAUCUCUUUACCCGGCCGGUUCCAGACCCAUCCUGGAAAGAUACGGUCUUGGGCUUUAGGAACUUAACACAGAAAGAGCUUGAACUCUUCCCUGGUUACAGUUACGGCUGGUUCAACACGGCCCCGAUGCUGGAGGGCAGGACCUAUCUCCCCUGGCUGACAAGCAGGUUAAAGAUGCGGGGAGUCAAGUUCUUUCAUCGGAAAAUCAGCUCUUUCCAAGAGUUGAUGGCUCAAGGUGUGGAUGUCAUCGUCAACUGCACGGGGGUUCGUGCCGGGGAGCUGCAGCCAGACCUCGAGUUGCGUCCCGGUCGGGGGCAAAUCAUCAAGGUGGAGGCUCCGUGGGUGAAGCAUUUCAUCAUAACCCAUGAUGCUGAGUCGGGCCUCUAUAAUACACCUUACAUCAUACCUGGGAGCCGGCUCGUGACCUUGGGAGGGAUCUUCCAGCUGGGAAACUGGAGUGAAGAGCGCAGCCCCCAGGACCACCGUCACAUUUGGCAGAGCUGCUGCCAGCUGCUGCCCAGCAUCCAGAAAGCCAAGAUUGUGGACGAGUGGAGCGGCCUCCGUCCAGCCCGGCCUAAAGUUCGGCUGGAGCGUGAAGUCAUACGCCACGGACAUUUACAAUCUCAGGUGAUUCAUAACUACGGCCACGGGGGCUUUGGGAUCACCAUCCACUGGGGUUGUGCGAUGGAGGCGGCCAGGUUAUUUGGGAGCAUCCUGGAGGACCAGAAGCUCCCCAAACCACCCCGAGCCCAGCUCUGA